AUGUCUAUUCCCGCUCCAGAAUCCGUCAAUCCAUUACUCGAUACUCCGCCUACAACCCUUUCCAGACCGUUUCCUCCUCCAUCGCUGGCUGAUGUUCCCUUCGAUUAUAUUCUUGAACAACUUCGUGACUUAGCCCCAUCUUACUGGGGGAACUCUGAAAGUUCGGAUUGCACUUUAGUAAUUCCUGUUCCGUAUUCUCGAGUCAGAUUGACUACGACUUCUCCCUCUCUCUCUACUACUUCUCCCUCUCUCUCUACUACACCCGCCCGACCUUCUUAUGACCCAUCAGGUUUGGGUCGUCGAGCAACAGAGCCCAGUACAUUAGCCCUCUUACCUCGAAUUAGUUUAAAGUUACACAGCGAAUAUCUAUCUGCUCAUUCCAGUUUCCUACGAUCUCUGUUCAGCGGUGCUUCCACUGUGGAUCUUAUCAACAGCGCUCCGAGCACACAUCCCACUCCAAACAUUCCUUUGCGUACCCCUUCAGGGCGUUUUACCAUUCCUGCUGACCGCCUACCCCGAUUGUUAAACUCCUCCGCUGCUCAUCCUGUACUGUUCCUGCCCGUUCCAGACCCUUCCUCCAUCGAUUUGGUCUUUCAUUGGAUGUACUUUGGCGAUCUGCGCUACAUUCGAGAUUCUCUUCACGAGAAACACAUUCAAUGGGAGGGUAUUGCUCGUAACGUCGAGUACCUAGGACUUUCACACGAACUCAAGGUGUUCCUUGGGGAUUGGUACGCGCGCUGGUUGCAUCCUGAUCGUAGCCAGUCCUGUGAUGAUCUAACCUCCCUCAAAUACAACUCGGACCCUGACUCUGAUUCUGAUUCUUUUGCUGAAACCCUUGUAUCCGACAUUGCCGAUGAUAUGGACUGUCUGGACAUCAAGUGUGACUUCGACGCCAAGCACGAGGAACCCGGGCGAGGCAGAGACAGGGGCACGCGCGGUCUUUCUUGGACCUUGGGGUAUGAAGAGAAGUUUCCCGAUACGACGACCAUUUCUAACCCUCGACGCGAUGAAUCACCUGUCGCUCCUCACUGUGCACAAUAA